CUGCCUCCUGAACCUCUUUCACCCCGCAGCCCGACAGUCAACCAGGUUGGACAGAACUUCACAUUUGUGUUGACUGACAUUGAAAGCAAACAGAGAUUUGGCUUCUGUCGCCUUUCCUCAGGUGCACACACCUGCUACUGCAUUCUCAGCUACCUGCCCUGGUUUGAAGUCUUCUACAAGCUGCUUAAUAUCCUCGCAGAUUACACUAUCAAAGGACAGGAAAGCCAAUGGCAGGAGCUCCUGGUGUCACUACAUACGCUCCCUAUCCCUGAGCCCAGAGUCCCCGUUCAUCUUGGUGUGCAUUCUUUCUUCACUGUGCCUGACACAGGGGAACUCCCCAGCAUACCUGAGAAUAGAAACCUAACAGAGUACUUUGUAGCAGUAGAUGUCAAUAACAUGCUUCACCUGUACGCUAGUAUGCUUUAUGAACGUCGAAUCCUCAUCUGCUGUAGCAAACUAAGCACUUUAACAGCUUGUGUCCACGGGUCUGCAGCCAUGUUGUAUCCAAUGCACUGGCAACAUGUUUACAUUCCUGUCCUGCCUCAACAUCUAUUAGACUACUGCUGUGCUCCAAUGCCCUACCUCAUCGGAGUACAUUCCAGCCUGAUGGAGAAAGUCAGAGGGUUGGCUCUGGAUGAUGUGGUGGUCCUGAAUGUGGAUACAAACACCCUGGAAACCCCCUACGAUGACCUCCAAAGCCUGCCCAAUGAUGUGGUUUCGUCUUUAAAAAGUCGUUUGAAGAAGGUUUCAACAACAACUGGGGACGGUGUGGCUCGAGCCUUCAUCAAGAGUCAGGCGGCUCUGUUCGGCAGCUACAGAAACGCUCUGCAGAUUGAGCCGGGUGAGCCGAUAACGUUUAAUGAAGAAACCUUCAUCAAUCACCGUUCCAGUGCCAUGAGACAGUUCCUCCUGAAUGCCAUCCAGCUGCAGCUCUUCAAACAGUUCAUUGAUGGCCGUUUGGACCUGUUGAACUCCGGAGAAGGGUUCAGUGACAUCUUUGAGGAAGAGAUCAACAUGGGCGAAUAUGCAGGCAGUGACAAGACCUACCACCAGUGGCUGUUCACUGUGAAGAAAGGGGGCGGGGCUAUCUUCAACACGGUGAAGACCAAGGCCAACCCAGCCAUGAAGACCGUUUACAAGUUUGCUAAGGACCAUGCUAAAAUGCGUAUCAAGGAAGUCAAAAGCCGGCUUAAGCAGAAGGAGCAGGCAGAAAACGGCUUCUCCACUGCAGGCUCAGCAGUCAUUGAUGAUGACAGCACAGGGGGCUUCACCUCGUCCACCGGGGCAGUCAGGAGGGAGGCGCCACUGCGAACCUUGGAGGACCACAGGCCAAUCACUGUGCACUUUGGACAGGCUCGCCCACCAAUCCUGUUAAAGAGGCCGAGCAGCAAUGUGAGUCUGGAAAGCAGCGUUGACCACUCUAUCCGUCCUACUCGUCACUACACCGUCUUUCUUUCUGAGGAUUCGUCCGGAGACGAGCUCCAGUACGACGAUGACUCCAUCUCUGGGUUUCCUGACAGCUUUCUCUUCUCCGUCCCUUUUGAGUGGUCGCCUCUGCCACAGCCAUACCGCUCCCUGAAGGAGGUUGAGUUGAUAGAAGGGGAUGAUCCUGGUUUUGGGGCAGAGAGUCACACUGCCCCUCCCAGCCCAGUUACUGAGAAGUUCUCCAAUAUCAACCUGCUGGGAGACAUCUUCGGCUGCCAGGACGAGCCUGACAGCCAACCCAUGACCUUAGCUAAAAGUCUUGAGGACCUGAGGACCCCCAAAGACUCUGAGGAGCUACAAGCAAAGUUCACCUACCAGCGGAUGGACCUGAGUGUUGGUGAACACUCGCGAACGCUUCCAGGCCUCAAGCUGUCCAACCCUUACAAUAAGCUGUGGAGUAUGGGGCAGGAUGAAACAGCCUUGCCCGUUUGUGUGCCUCCUACCUGCGAUAGACCUCCAUCUGUCCAACUUCCUGUGCAGACGGACACCCAUUCUCCGAGCCACGAACUCUCCGGCCUGGGCCCCGACCCUUUGGACCCUUCCACCCCCGGCAACAUCACCAUUCCACGCCCCCACGGAAGAAAGACACCUGAGCUUGGUGGUGUCCUGGCACCCCCUGUGGCCCAAUCACGCUCUAAACCAGGAGGAGCUAGUGAAGGAGGGACUACAUCAGGGGGGCAAGAGUUUAGGCAAGCCCUGAGCAUGAGCACAGACGAAGACCUGCUGAAGCCCACCAAGGCCACUGAGGACAGCAUAGAUCUGAUAAGCCUUCUAGACCCCCUUAACAGCUCAGCACCAACUAGUUCCACUUCACUGAGUGAUGGGGUAGAUCUUGGUGUGUCAUCAUCUUCCUGCAAACCAACACUACCACCCAGGUCUUACCCACAAGGGUUACCUCCUUUCCCACUACAUCCUCACAUAUCACUGAACCCUUUUGCCCAGUCUCUGCAGCACACCUCCCCUCAAAUGCAUUACUCACCGACUGUAAGUGGGAAUCCCUUCAGCGCAGUCUAUGGGCCUCCCCCAGGUUCUUACUUACACACUCCACCCCAGCCACAGUCCUUUUCUACGUUACCGGGGCUCUACAGACAGCCUUCGCCCGGCAGUUCAACUCUGCCACCCAGCUACGGACUUCUCCAGCCAGCCUUCCCCCCCUCCGUCACUUCCCUGCCUCACUCCUCCGCCAGUAAUCACGCUCUUUCCAGCCUGGCAGACUCGACUUCUGUCCCUAGCACAGCCGUGAACUUACUGGCAAAGCCACUUCGUGCUGAGGGAGACAGCCAGACAACUCAGGAUCCAUUUGGGGAUCUGCUGACUAUGGCCAAGCCAGCUACACCCCAAAAAAAGAAGGUGGAGGACCUUCGGAGGAGGUGGGAAACAUUUGAUUAAAACCUGUGAAUGUACUGAGGUGUCCCUCCGUCACUACCCACACUUCCCUCACUAACAUAUCCGGACCUUCUGUUGCAGUUAAUGCCGCAUUGCUCUAAUACACUCUACUCUGCUUCUGCAACUAACAUUCAUAGAAGAAAUGUAUAUAAUAUUUUCAUUUUAUUACAACCCCAUGUUCUAUUGUGUUCACAGUCAGAAAUGUUUGAGCUACUGCCAUUGGAUGUAUUUCUAUUCCAUUAUUACCUCUCUAUAUAGUUGUUUUUAUUGUUAUUAUGGAAGUCUGCCUGCUCAGUGCAGGAUUCAAAUUGUGUACCCGCACAAGAGGGAUUAAUAGGAAACUAUGCAUGCACCUACUGCACAUGAAGCAAAAGAUAACACAGGAUCAUCGACAUAUAUAAAGAUGGACGACAUGAGAUAGACGACACGAGAGCUCUCCAAAAUGAAGCCAAAACAUCCCCAACCACUGAUGUUCCUUUUUUCUAAUAUGUUUGGUUUUAAUCAGUUAUUUGAAGCUAUAAUAUCGCAGUGCCAACCCCAAUCACUACUGCGCAGACUUGCGAAAGAUGGCAUCUAGAUAUUUGGGCUUCAUUUUUGUACAGAAUGAGGAAGUGCAGAUGCAACAUCCAUCUUUUAUGUGUCGAUAGACCGGAUCGUUAGCAUAGUCUUACUGUGUCAGAUGCCAUUGUUGACAGACUACUUUAUCAAAACAAAGACACAAUGAAUGCUCUAUGGUCACAGUUUGUUUGGCUGGGCUGUAAACCAAUACACUAGUUGCCUUUCUGACAGGGUAGCUGUUCAAGGUGUAUUACUGCCCCCAGUGGUUAAUUCAGGUGUAAUUGGCUUCCCAUUGAGUGCUGCAAGAACAAGUCCUAAAACUGAGUUAGGGCUAGCAUUUUAGCUCUCCUCAAAGUCAAUGGGUUUUUUGUAUUGAUUUUGGUUUGACGCCUGAAAUAAGGUCAUUUAAGAGAUUUUGAGAUUUUCAAGUUUUGUUGUACGACAAAAAAUCCAUCAGUAAAUACCCCAGCUGUGAAUUUUGAAGCUGUUUUAAAAAGAAGUGGUUAAAUGAGACUACAGAGGUUGUCGGUGACAUUAAAACAAGGAGAUUUAUCUGCUCAUUAGUCCGCCAUUACAGCCUUGUUGUGUUUAUACUCGCACUCAGUAAACUAUACAACUCAAACUUUACAUUUUAGCGACACGUUAGAAAUGUUAGCUUUUUAUUCUAGCAAUCACAUUUACCCUUCAAAAAUCAAGUAGUGUUCAUUUGUGAAGAUUAUCUUGCUGAACAAAAUAACCUUAUGACCUCAUAAACCUUUGUCGCCACAGAGCUUAUGUUCUGCAAUAAUCCAAAAUCCAAUGAAUAAAAAUCCCAUUGGCUUUUUCCUUUGGAACCUGCACUACAAAAACACAUCACCACUGCAGCACUCUAUAACUAC